AUGGAUCCCAAACACGAUGCUGAGGUUAAACUAGUACCCAUCCUAGAACUUUCAAACAUUAAUCCCAAUCUCACUCGCAUUCUGAACUACAGCUUCAUCAAUGCUAAAACAACCUUCAAACUCAAAUGCCACUGCCGCUACUACUGCAUUCACAACAUUACUCCUUUUACUUCAACUGCAGCAGCCACUUUCACCAGUAAUAGUAAUAGUAAUGAUUUCCAUCAACAAAACAAGAGCUUCUAGGGUGCUAUCACUUUGAUCAUCGGCAAUGCCGUUGGUCUUGGCAUGCUCAGUUUGCUUGCCGCUACCAUCUGCUCCGGUCUUUUACCUUCCACCCCUGCCAUCCUCCUCUGUUGGCUUUAUGUCAUGUCUUUUGUCAUCCUGGUCACCGAGCUCAGCUUUUCGACCAUGAAACAAGACGACCUUCAAGAGGUCAGCUUUACUGCCUUUGCUUCUAGCGUUGGUGCUCUUUUUGGUGCAUUUGUUGCCGUCGUCUAUGCCUCUUGGAGCUUUACCUUGUUGGUCACCUGCGUCUCCGGCCUCGGCUCAAUUGUCUCUCAGUGCAUUCCCUGCAUUCGUGUACUCACUCACGUUUUGUUUCCCCCUGUGGUUGGAUUGCUUAUAUUAUUUUCUUCAAAUGCCAUUGAUGGUGCAAACCGUGUUUUGUGCUUGCUCAUGCUUUUCGCAAUAACUUCACUUGUGGCCAUUGGUUUAUUAGUGGCCGAAACCAACCUGUUCGCAUCAUUUGGCCGUGCCUUAUGGUGUCUUUCCUGCAUUUUGGCCAUUCUAUUUAUUGUCACAAUGCGAUUCCAUGUCAUUAACCCUUUCAUUUGCAAGAUUGCUGGCAACACCAUAGCCGACGAAUUGAUCAUGGUCUUCUCACGGAAUUUAAUUGUGUUGGGGCUUUCUAGAUUUAACCAAUUUAGUAGCAGCAACUGAGGCCCUAUAUCCCUUAUGUUAUCCGUCAAUGCCUCUGCACUAUCUACAGUCCAAGCAUUUGCGUGUCCGAGCUUGAUUGGGUAAGCUGUUAGCUUCCCAAAACAGCUUCUUGGACGUUAG